AUGGCUAACCUGAGAACCAACAGUUUAUGUCCUGUUCUGGAGUGGGACCCAGUGGACCAACCUUACCAGAGAUGUGUCAUCGGCUACACCAUCAACCUGAAUGGAACAGUGUACAAUACCACAAACACAUCUCUAUCAUUAGCUGGAGAGAGCCUCUCUUACUGUGAGACUCAGACAGUGACUGUGACACCACUCACACUCAAUGGACUCUUAUCGCCAGAUACCUCAAAUAUCACAGUGAUCAAUAGAGAUUUGGGGACUCCAGCAUUAUCUGCCUCCUUCACCAUCCAUAAUGAAGUGCUACUGAAGCUGCAAAUAAUGGUCCAGGAAAUUUCAAUUGAUAUUGCACCCAUUCGAAUAUUCGGAUACAUAACGAGUGGAGAAAAUUGUGUUCCUACCAAAUCAUUUAAUGGAAGUUCAGUUGCAAUCGAUUUUUCAGAUCAAUCUCCUGGAGAUGCUUACACAGUGUGUGUGAUGUUCAGAAACAAGGAAUGCUCUGUGUCUGCAAUCAAUUCCAUUACUGUGACUGUUCCAGCUACAAUGAUUACCGUACAAGAAGUUACACCAUCGGAUACUAACUACACGGUUCGUUUGUCCCUCCCCUUCACCAGCUACCCUCCCGGUGACCUGCUCAUUAUCUCCACCCUCUCUCCCCCUCACUCGGACCCAAUCAUCCUCCCCUUUCCCUACACAACCAACCAAGUUACCGUGACCUUCACUGAACUCACUGCUGGAGUCCUCUACACCUACACCAUUAGAGUUGUUCUGGCCAGCAACAAAUCAAAUGACGUCGUAUCUCCAAUCACUGGAGAAUUCAGUUUGAUAACAUUAGGAGAUAUUACAUGGAGGCGAAUAACUGAACCUGUGCGGUCCCUCUCUACUGGUGAAGCAGUGGCAGUCAGUGUGGCAGCUACAUUCACUAUCUCCAUAGCGAUUGGACUCCUGCUGGGGAUGUCUGUAAUGUACUGCAUUAUGUACUACAGGAAUAAGGGACACUACGCAGUAAGACAGCGACAGGAGGAAAGCAUUCAACCCACUGUGCCAAGUGGUCCUGUUUACGAAGAAGUUACUCCUAUCCAAGAACGAAUUGAGCUGAAACCGAAUGAAGCAUACAGACCAAUAUAA